GCGGUCCAGUGGCCAGAGACUCAGCGAUACCACCUUAAGGACCUAGUCGGCUCCACAGCAGGGGUGGGCGAUGGUGUGGACAGUAGAGAAAAUCCCUGUCUUGCUCUUGCUUCUGCUACCGGACCCGGCUGCGCCCCGCUGUGUGCCCUCUCCCUGCUACAAGUUCAUCAUCACUCCUAAGCCCAGCCCUGGACAAUCAUGGUGUGAGGUUCAAGGACAGUUGAUUAGAGACACAUUUUUCAGUUACACCUGUAGCAGCCAGAAGGUUGAACCCAUCGGUCCCCUGGGGAUGAGGUUGAGUGCCACACAGGCCUGGAAUCAACUGGUUGAACAUUGGAAGGACCUGGUGGAAGAGCUCCGCAAGGCACUGCUGGACAAUCAACAAAAUAUUUCCAGAAACUAUCAUCCUCUCUCCCUGCAGGGCAGCAUGAAGUGUCAGCAGAAAUCCAAUGGACGCCCCAGUGCAUUCUGGGAGUUUGGCUUCAAUGGGCAGAUGUGUCUCCACUUUGACUCUAAGGACAGACGCUGGACAGAGUUGAAGCCUGAAUGUAGACCCUUAAAGCAGACACUGCACAGCGCCAGAUACCUCCUUUUCGGGAUCUCAGCUGGAGACUGUGUGAACUGGGUUAAAGAGGCAGAAGCUCUGGGCAUAAAAGGACCUGCCACAGUGGCUGCCACAGUAGAGGGGUGGAACCUGUCUGCAUCGUAG